UGGUUAUUGAUAGUCUGUGUGAAAUACCUAAAUAAUUAGAUUUUACGUGUUUUCGAGUCACAAAAUUACGAUAAAAUUGUUGUCUAUUGUGGAUGGUGUUUUAUCUAUGCGUCUGUUCUUAUCGCGUAAUAUGAUGUUGACUUUAGUUGAAGUCAUUCUAGUGUAAAUACAAUUUACCUUUUUCACUCCGUGAAAUCAACACAGUUUCUUUGGUUUCGUUGCAAUAACAAAGGAUAGCGAAAUUCCUCCAAUAUUGCAAGCCUUCUAUUAUAGGGCUAAGUGCAAGUAAUUGCUAAAGCACAUCGAUUGUAACCUUCGUUACUUGCUCAUAACAGCUGGCGAACCUAAAGGGAAAGUUAUCAGCAUUUUGUUUUGAGCAGUCAUUACUUAAAUAGUAGGAGUAGGCGUGUGGAUCGAAGGGCGCUAGACGUAAGCAGGAAAAGAACCCGUCAUCCAACUUUCUGCAUAUUGAGAACAGACUAAAGAUGAGUUAUUCUUCGUUCGAAAAUAACGGGAACGGGUCCAGUACAAUCACAAAUGAAGCCGAUUUUCAAAAGUUGGCCCAAACCAUCGCUACCAGUAUCCAGAAAAUUCUCCAAAAUGUUUCCUCCAUGCAGCGAAUGGUCAACCAGUUUGGAACGGCGCAAGAUUCCCCCGAGCUUAAGCAACAGCUCCAUCAGAUUCGAACCUAUACCCAAAGAUUGAUUACCGAUACCACGAAUCUAUUGAACGAUUUGGUCAACUGCAAGGAACGUCAUUUGAAAAUUCAGCGCGAUCGUCUGGUUGAUGAGUUUACGGCAGCUUUAACGGCAUUCCAAUCGGUGCAAAGGAAAACUGUCGAUCUGGAAAAGAAUGCAGUGCGACAGGCUAGGGGAGCGCAUGUCGCGCUCAAUAAACCACCCGGGUCGAACAAUUCCAGCAUGGGCAGCUAUAAUAAUUCGUCGAUGUUUGAGGAUAACUUUGCGAGUGGCCAACGAGGUCAAACACAGGAGCAACUGCAGGAGGAGAUCGAUCUACAGGCUUUGGAAAAUCAGGAGCGUACCAUUCGUGAGUUAGAGGACAAUAUCCUAAGUGUUAACGAAAUCUACAAAAAGUUAGGCGCUUUGGUGUACGAACAGCACCAUCAGGUGGAUUCAAUUGAAGCAUCCGUCGAAAAUACAAGCGUGUAUGUAGCGGAAGGCGUGCAGCAGUUGAAGAAGGCCAGCGACUAUCAGAACAAGGCCCGCAAGAAGAAGUUGAUGUUGGCCCUGAUAGCAGCGGGCAUCUUGGCGGUUAUCAUUCUACUUAUCAUUAUACGAAAUUAGGCCAUUUUGGUCGACCGCCCGAAGAAAGAAGACGCCAUACGACCGGAAACCGAAACGUGUAAGUUUAGACGAAAAUUUUACAUCGCGUCAACCGAGAUCUGUGUCAUUUCCUAUUUUCCGCUUGUGAACGAUUGUUUCCACGAAAUUGACUUUUCUUCGCAGCGCGCGCGGAAAGGUGUUUAUUUUUCUUUUCAAUACCGAUAUUGACCUACUAAUCUGUAUAGUAAGUAAUGAAAACCUUGGAUUGGCGGAGCCGUCCUCAGAACAAACGUGAUAAAAAUCAAGUACAUAAUGUGAAUUGCAUGCAAACCGCACUACAAUAAGCAUAUGUAGCAAGCAGAUAAUGAAACCAAUGUUGGUGCAAACUUGGAAUAUAAAAAUCAUACCGAAAUCUUUAAGUUUUUAACCCUACACGUCGUUGUGCUUAUUUGCAAUUUGGUUGAGCAUCUUCUCAAGCAUCAACCGUUUACAUUUAUUUAUACACACUUACACCAAAACAUUCUUUAAUAACACUGUAUUAUGGAAAAUGUAGUUAUGGAUCCCCUAAUGCCCCUGUUCGACUAGGUAUAUAUUGCAAAUAUGUAGUACACAUAUGUGACGGAAGAAUAAUAAUGAAAGUUUACCGCUAGAAAAUUAUAUGAAUAAAAACUGUCAAC